UCUAUGGAUUUGGAAACGGGUAGGGAAGGAAUAGGUUAUGUGCGUAUUAUAUAAAAUAUUCAUUCUUCUAUUCUCCCUUCAGCCUCGGAUCACGUUACUCCUGGUCGUUGGCUUUAUUGCUUUUUCGAGAAAUAUCAACAGAUGAAUUGGCUUAGGUAACAAUCAAAAGUGGUAUUCGAAGGGCUUGAGGUAUGUAACCGUGACUAAACCCCUUUUAGUGGACUGACUGGCUGCUUCAGUUCUCUAUGACGUUCUAUCAUGAUAAUGAGCAAAGGGAAGGGAAGGUGUUACCGUGAUGCCUCGAUAUAUCUACCUCGUUUCAGUUAUUAGAUGUAUUGACUCUACCUUGAGGCAACCGCGACCAUUAACAUUGAAACAGGGUUCUUAACCUCGAGUCUUGUGACAAAAGGCCACUUUACUUUCCUUUCUCUUCCUGUUUCAAGGUUCUGCAAAAAUUAUUCAAUUCCAGCCUCGUUCUGAAGGAUUAGUCACCUAAUCUCGCCGAAGAAGCUUCAAUACCAUGUCCACUGACACUGGCUCCGGGAGCCGUGCUUAUGACUUUCCGAAUAGAAAUGGUCGUGAUAGACAUAUCCAGAACAUCAUUGAGCAUGCUAACACCCUUUUCCCUGAUCACACUUAUCGGAUUCCUUCCAUGAGCCUCUCUUCCAGCAGAGCUAGCGAUUAUGAAUCGUUUAUAGGUCGUCAGUUCAAUAAUGAGCAGAGGGUUGAUGAGCUUGACAACUUUGAUCGCAACCUACUCGGCCGAUCAGAACUAGCUUACACUCCUAACUCUGGGUAUUCUGAUCCACGUCUCUCGUUUCCAACCAGUAAUCCCCUUAAUAAACGACGGCGCGUAGUAGGUGACGCUAGUCAUCAUUUCAGAUCUUUUCUACCACCUGGUCCGGUCCCUCAUCCACCCUCUGAGGUUGGUCUACGAUAUGGAGGUCAGCUUGACCCGAGCCCAAUCUCACGAUCUGUGCUCGGGCAUGGUAGAUCUCGUACGAUUGGGGAACUACCACCAAAGGCUCAAUUGAUCACACCCCCAUUACAUACCGCUCCAUAUCCAACUCAGACGCUUAGCAGCUCAAACUCCAGUAGUUCCCCCACAAACCUGGGUGGUUCCAGUCCAUCCACACGUCUCAGUCUUAGAAAGAAUAUAGAGAUAAAUGAUAACCCCCUAGUAACGCAGAAGAGAGCCGAAAACUUGAAUUUGGACCUCGACCAUGCUCCUAUUGGACCUCCAUUAGUAAAUGGCACCCAACUCGUCGAUCCACGACAAUCCUUACCUGACAAAUUCCGGGCUGUGUUUCCCUACGAGCUCUUCAACGUUGUGCAGUCCAAGUGCUACCCGCAUGUAUACGGUACAAACGACAAUGUUAUCGUAUCCGCCCCAACAGGAUCCGGAAAGACGGCAAUUCUCGAAAUGGCUAUUUGCAAGCUCAUGAUGCAGCCAGGGGGCGAGAACUUCAAGAUUGUCUACCAAGCACCAACAAAAUCUCUCUGCUCGGAACGGGCGCAGGAUUGGGAGAAGAAAUUCAGCCACAUGAAUAUGCGAUGUGUUGAGCUUACCGGCGAUACUUCUCAAGCAGAGGCGAGACGAGUAGGUAGCGCGUCAAUUAUCGUAACAACGCCCGAGAAGUGGGAUUCUAUCACACGAAAGUGGACAGACCACCGCAAGCUGUUACAAUUAAUUCGUCUCGUCCUUAUUGACGAAGUCCAUAUCUUGAAGGACGUUCGUGGCGCCACGCUGGAGGCUGUCGUUUCGCGUAUGAAAACGAUCGGUGCAAAUGUGCGUUUCGUCGCCUUGAGCGCUACUGUCCCCAACAUUCAGGAUGUCGCGAAGUGGCUCGGACGCAGCCAUUCAGACCAAGAGACUCCCGCCGUUUGGCAAGCUUUCGGGGAAGAGUUGCGGCCAGUGAAACUACAGCGAUACGUUUACGGGUACGACAACAUUCCAAAUGAUUUCGCAUUCGACAAGUCACUUGACGGAAAAUUGCCCUUGCUGCUGGCGAAGCAUUCAGAAAGGAAACCAAUGAUGAUAUUUUGUUUUACGAGGAAGUCGUGUGAAACCACAGCGCGGAAACUGGCGGAAUGGUGGUCGGAUUGCAGAACGGAAGACCGAGCCUGGCCCGCACCGGCGGAGCGGGUCCCCGUCGUCAGUAGGGAGCUACAGGAAAUCGUCCGAUAUGGUGUAGCUUUCCAUCAUGCAGGUCUAGAUGCCCAAGACAGGAUGUCAGUGGCACAUAACUUCCUCCGGGGUCAUAUACAUGUUAUCUGUUGCACCUCUACCUUGGCAGUUGGCGUGAAUCUCCCUUGCCAUACGGUGGUUCUCAAAGGCACAACGGGGUACUCUGGUGAUCAGGCUCAAGAAUACUCAGACUUGGAAGUCAUGCAAAUGCUUGGCCGCGCUGGACGCCCACAGUUUGAUACUAACGCUGUGGCUAUCAUAAUGACUAGGAAGGCCAACGUUGCACGAUACAAGGACAUGAUGAGUGGUACCGAACCUCUAGAAAGCACACUCCAUCAAAAUCUAGUCGAGCAUCUCAACUCGGAAAUCAGUUUAGGCACCAUCCAGGAUGCUCAGACUGCGAAAAAAUGGAUCGGGGGCACGUUUCUGAGCGUGCGAGUGCGCCAAUCUCCGAAACUAUACGGUCUCGACCAGGCGCAGAAUGCUGAAGCCGCAGACAAAAACAUGGAAGAGUGGUGCGAAAGAGAUCUGGACCUAUUGCAACAAUAUGGUCUGGUUACUGAGCAGGUACCAUUCAAGUGCACCGAAUACGGACAUGCCAUGUCGAGAUACAUGGUAAACAUUGAAACAAUGAAACUUCUUCUAUCAAUCCCCCGAGGUGCAAAACUCCAGGAAAUUCUCACUACGCUUUGUAAAGCGAUCGAGUUUAAAAACUUCCGUUUCAAGGCUGAUGAACGUACUUUCUUUCGAGAGUUGAACAAGUCACCGUUUAUCCUUCAUCCAAUUAAAGAAACGCUGACGCUGACCUGGCACAAAGUCUUCGUCGUAGUCCAGGCCCAUCUCGGCUGGGUGGAGUUGCCGAACGAGAAGGGCUUUGGACACCUUAGAUUUAGGCUUGCAGCAGACAAAAAUGCCAUAUUCGACCGCCUAAAUCGCUUGGUACGCUGCUUUGUGGACUGUAGAGCUUUUGACGGCGACGCUUUGAGUAUCAAGGCUGGGUUGGAACUUGCUCGUGCCCUUGCCGCAAACUCAUGGGACAACAAGCCAUCUCAGCUUUCCCAAAUUCCGGGAUGUGGUGCCGUAACGGUGCGGAAACUCGUCAGCCAUGGAAUCCAUACAGUAUUGAGUCUGGCCGACCGUGGCUUUGACGAGAUUGAACGUGUUAUGAGCAGGAACCCUCCAUAUGGGAUGAACAUGUUGAAGACCCUUGAGAACUUUCCCCGCCUGGCUAUGAAAGCCCAACUCAUCACGAAGAGUGCCAAUCAAUCACAAGCACAAGAUAGUGUGACAGUUACCUUGGAAGUCAACCUAAACUAUCGCAAUGCAAAAAGCGCGCCAACCUGGAAUGGAAAAGUCCCAGCCACAACUUUCAUGGCAUCAACUGCGGACGGUAACCUUGCAUAUUUUUGGCGCGGAAAUCUGAGAAGUAUAGUUAAAUCCAUUGGUGUUGAUCUGAAGUUCCCUGUCAUACUUAGUGGCCCGGAUCAAAAGAUUUUCUGCUACUUUAGCUGUGAAGAGAUUGUAGGUACCCAGGUUACUGAGACAUUAACGCCUAAUGUGCCAGCAACGGCAUUCACAGAUAUCCCGAGACUUGCCAAAUCGUUGCGUCGAAUGCCAGCAGUGAGCUCGUUCGAUGAGGAGGGAGAGGAUAAUUAUGGCGAUAUUCCUGACGAGGACAUGUUGAGUGCGAUGAUCUGUCCCAAUGAAAAUGAAGAAACGGAGUUGGUGGAUUAUCUGGGUCCUGUAGAUGAGACUGAAGAUGAGUUUACACUCAUCGAUGAUUUGUUGCCACGGGAGGGAACACCUCUAGCGCACGCACCUGUCAGGAUGGAUAAUGGUAAAUGGAUGUGCAAUCAUCCUUGCCAUAACGGCGGUCUUACCAGAGCAGGGAAACAAUGCACACACAGGUGUUGCCACGAAGGGCUCGAUAAACCUCGACGGCCGCUAUCAGAGAAGAAAAAGAGCAACGUAACCGAGGUUGGGCAAAAUGAUCCUGCUCCAAGACCUUUGGCAAGACCUCCACAAGUUUCACAGGCCAAUACGAUCAUUGGAACUCAGCCUGACAAAAACAAAAGAAAACAGCUGGCUAGCCGCGAUCGCACUGCUCAACCCGGGUCGCAUGGUUCAGUUACAAGGCAACUUUCCGAUAUGCGUGGUUCUACUGUUAAUUUGCCCAAUGCAAAGAGAAAGCGAUCAAAGGAGGACAUAAAGUUGUCAAAGAGAAGGCAUCUAGAUGCUGAAAACUCCUCGGAUUUUGAUAUGCUUUCGGAUAUUGAGUGUAUUGACCUCACCAUGGCAACAUGUGAGCAGGACAAGGAGAAGGUCGAGCCUUCCGACAAAGGGUGGGUAAAACUCGGCGCUAGUAACAGAGACUCGCACUAUUAUAGUGACCUAUCCGACGACGACGAUGAAUUCCCUGAUCUAGAGACCCUCAUAGGACUUAACAGUCUCAAGGUGGACACAUCCCAGACAGUGCCAGAUGAAGACAAAACGCUGUACGCUGGUGUGGUUCAAACCCUGAAAGAAAGCUUAGAUUAUGGCUAGGAACCAAAUCUUAGUUUUACUACAGUGGAUGAAUUGCAAAAGGCAUCAGAUCGUUUUGACUUGCCUUCAGCUAAUUCUUCGAACGAAGGUGUGCUCGCUCAGUCGAGCUCUACUAUGAUGGAAGAAAUGCAGACUGCAAAAUCAAGCUCGCCACUAUUGGACUCUGGUGAGGGUUUCCAGUCUUCCCCCUUUCCAGUUACAGAGGAUCGCCCUUUUGAUGAUCCAAACGCUUCAGCAAUUAGUCCGAGCGAACCCGCCUGGUUAGCGGAAUUUGAUCCAGAAUUUAUCGAGAGUCUGCGUGGCUGCGUCAACUUUGUCGAUUGAUCUAACCUAGAACUGGAAGAGGAUUAUUGCUGUGCACUGAAGGGCUAUAUAUGGAGUAUGCUACUGCCUGAUAGUUCUCAUUCCUUGAUAGGAAGAUUGCUUGAGUCGUAUAUCACGGAUAUAUGUGAAUUAUGAGGUACUACGAUGAUUGAGAUAGAAGCUGUAUUUUAUUAGAAAGAAUCGUACGAAGAAACGGAGAAUUUAUCAAAUACAUCAGACUACAAACGCGCUACCUGGUA